CGAACUGGUAAACGUUAAAGCUGACACACAGUUGACACUAAAGCUAAACCGCUAAAGCCUAUGUUUCCUUGCCUUGCGAAACCUACCCGAAGUGUCGACAUAAUUGCCAAGACUUUUAGGCUGAUAAGGAGGGCACAAACUAUUGUUUAGUCGUCGUCAUCUUUUCGUAGGACCGUAGCAAGGACAGCAAGCAAUAUGUCGAUUCGGAUGUCGGGCGUGGUCCGAGUGCAAGCUCCGAGAGAGCCGGAACACUUGGCUCAGCCGUGCCCAUACAAACGCAACCGCCUCGCACGUCUCACGCGCGUAUGCGUCCGGGCAGAGGCGCCCCGCGAUAAGGGAGUAAAAAGCCCCACCGCUGUAUUAAAGGAAUUCUUUGUUCGCGAGCCUGUCAUUCCACCAACCUCCUCAUCCUCCUCCUCCUCGACCUCCAUAGCUCCAAAACCCAAGCCUUCUCCUCCACCUCGUCCCCAGCCCUCCCCGCCCGCUCAGCCGCAGCGCUUCCCCGGCCCCGGCGACCCUGCAUGGCCCCCGCAGCGCCCCUUCGCCGCCGUGGCCCUGGACAACCUGAUCGACUCGUUCGUGGACAUCGGCCGCCACGUGCGGCGCAUGAGUCUUGCCGAGAAGGAGGAAACAGGCACGCUAGAGAAGGGCGAGCUGGUGCCGGGCUCCAACGGCCGCAUGCGCCUGCGCUCCUCCUCCCGUCCCGUGCUGCUGGUGUUGGGCAGCGGCUGGGGCGCGCACUCGCUGAUCAAGGUGGUUGACACGGAGCUGUACGACGUGGUGGUCGUGUCGCCGCGCAACCACUUUCUGUUCACGCCCAUGCUGCCCGCCACGGCGGUGGGCACCGUGGAGUUCCGCUCGCUGCUGGAGCCCAUCCGCACCGCCAACCCCUGCGUCACAUACCUGGAGGCGGUCUGCGAGGAGAUCGACCCGGAGGCCAAGGUGGCGGUCUGCACCUCCACCUUCGCCUACGAUGACGGCAGGAAACCGCAGUUUGAGAUCCAGUACGACAAGGCGGUUGUGGCGGUUGGCGAGCAGGCCGCCACGUUCGGAGUGCCGGGUGUCCGGGAGCACUGCUGCUUCAUGAAGGAGGUGUCUGACGCGGUGGGUCUGCGCGCCCGCAUCGCGCAGCAGUUCGAGCUGGCCAGCCUGCCCGGCACCUCGGCGGCGGAGCGGCGGGCGGCGCUGAGCUUCGUGGUGGUGGGCGGGGGGCCCACGGGGGUGGAGUUCGCGGGCACGCUCAGCGACUUCCUGAGGGAGGACCUGCGCCGCAAGUACCCGGGGCUGGUGCAGCACGUGCGAGUGACGCUGCUGCAGAGCGCCCAGUCUAUCCUGACCCAGUUCGACGAGGGUCUGGGCCGGCAGGCGAUGGAGACGCUCACUUCCUCGGGGGUGGAGGUGCGCACCGGGGUGCGCGUGGUGGAGGUCACGCAGCGAGAGGUUCUCCUCGAGGGCGGCGAGCGUCUGCCGUACGGCGUGUGUGUUUGGUCCGCCGGCAACGCCCCCCGCCCGCUGGUCUCGCAGCUGUGCUCCCGUCUGCCCGCCCAGUCCUCCGCCGCCGCCUGCUGCGGGUUGCGCCCCGGCAGCAAACUGGCGGUGGACUGCUUCCUGCGCGUGGUGGGCGCGCGGGAGCUGCUGGCGCUGGGGGACUGCAGCGCGCUGCUGGCGGGGGGCGGAGGGGGCCGCCUGCCGCCCACCGCGCAGGUGGCGGCGCAGCAGGGGGCGUACCUGGCGCACCUGCUCAACAGCGGGCACUGCACGGGGGAGGGCGGGUAUGCCAGCCCGCCGCCCUACAAGCUGGUGCGCAGGAACAGGAUACAGACCGCCACCGACAACAGUGCGGCGCUGCAGUGGCUGGCAACCGCCAUGAUGGGCGGCGGGGCGCGGCUGCGGGUGGCGCAGCAGGUGUCUGACGCGCUGCUGAGUGAGGAGGCGCCUCCCUGGAUUCGUGACCACAGCCAGGACCUGGCGGCCACAGCGGCAGCGGCAACGGAGGAGCAGCAGCGGCAGACAGGCGGCAACAGCGGCAGCAGCGGCAGCGAUGUGCUGGAGGUGCGCUACUGGGAGCGACCCUUCGAGUUCCUGAACCUGGGAAUCAUGGCGUACCUGGGCAGCGACAAGGCCCUGACUCAGGUGGAGGCGUUCGACGUCAUCUCUCUCAAGCUGUACGGCGCCUUCGCCUACCUGCUGUGGAAGUCCGUGUACAUCACCAAGCAGGUGUCCUUCCGCAACCGCGUGCUCAUCCUGUUCGACUGGAUGAAGACCCGCGUGUUCGGGCGCGACAUCUCGCUGUUCUAGGAGGCGUGGAGGGUGACACAGCCACAGCAGCAGCAGCAGCACCAGCAGAUGCCGGGUGCUGCGGUGACUGCUGGGACAGCGGUAGGUGGAGUGGUGUGCGGUGUACGACAUCGGGGCAACAUUGCCCUGUCUACAGCGGCCGCUAUGCAACGAGCACUACAUUGCGGGGCCUAGUAUUGCACAUAUUAACGAUGUGGCACGAAGGAAGCUACUUAUUUCUUCUUUCUUAUGCGGUGCGAGAUAGAUGAAAGCACCACGACCAACCUAUCAAGUUAUGCGCGGAUGUUGCAGAGGGGGGAAUGUUUAAUGAAAGGGUGGUCAAGAUGAGCGCCGCGCCAAGCGUCACCGAUUACCGGUAUGACUUGAAACAUAACUUUGGUCGACUUGGUGAAUAAGGUACCAAUUGAGGGCGGAGAGGCAUCACGUCGUGAAACACCACGGAUCUUUGCACCUACUGUGUAUACAAGUCAAAGAGCAUGUCAAGGGUGUUGGUUUGGCGGCUGUGAGAGUUAUUAUAAGCGCUGGCACGGGAAGCGUGUUUACUGAUGCCCGUGCUUGUUGUCUAAAAUUUGAGACUUGCAACCUGGCUUGCGUACCAGAGAGUAGUUGAUGAACUGGAGGGGCGUUCUCCUGCUGCGCACGCUCCCUUUGUUGUGCGGCUCAUUCUUCUCAUAUACCGAGAGAGGCUACAAUGCUGUAUCGACCUCAGCAGUACGAUACGGAUUAUCUGUGGCUGUUGGUUAUAUUUGCAGUUACAAUCUGCACUUGUGUACAGUGUGUCGUACGAGCCAGGGGGGACAAGGACACUAAACGAAACGAGUAUAAACUACUAGGCCUUGACUGUAUUUUAGCGUUGAUCUUGCCCCGAGGCAGGUGCCGGCAGCCUUGGCCUUCUUUCGUAUUUUGUAGUGUAUCGGCACGUUAAUGUUGUCCGGCCCCGAUGAUGAUUGGCAAUUCUUCGGGUUGCCAUAACGCCAUAACGCCAGGCUGAAGGGAGCUGCCGUACGUGCAUGUCCGGUGCCGCAUGUUGUUGUGCCGUACAAAUGCUGUACCUUUGCUGUGUUGAACCAAACCGCACGAGGUCCAGAAUAUAGGGUGAUUCGGCUGUCAGCAUUGCAGAUGGCGGCCCAGGCCCGUAACGACCCGUGGGUCAGUCGUACCAGCUUUGCCUGAAGAAUGCAUAUAGGGCAGCUUCCGUGGUGAUCCAGCCUAACAUAGUUGGAAAAUCCGGACGUUGUCUCACCAUGUGGUUGGGAUCGCAGAAGGCCGACGUACAUAGGUGUCCAAUGUAAACCAGUUUUUUUAAUGGCUCCCAACCGUAAAGGCAUUAGUGGCCUGUUGGUACGAAGGAAGGGGGCUUCAGGGGAAGGCCUAAACGCCAUUCAUUGGCUUAUAUAUAUGCGCUCCUGGCGGUCAUGCGGACGGUUGAUGAGAUGGGGUUUGUUACAGCCGUCGUGGGGAGGUCGUACACAAGGGAAACACAAACCACCAAGCCACCGGACGCUGUGUUCAAGAUUUGAUCUUUUCCUGACACUAGGGACCCCUCGGAGUACCCUACACCUACAUAUUACAUUAAACAAUACCACUAAGCUGAGUACUAGUAGAUAUGGUGUAACAACUAACGGUAUAA